AUGGCGGCAGUUUACAAGACAGUUUCCAAGAAGCAGGCUCGGCAAAUGACCGAGGAGGAGGAUGAGGACAUGGAUGUGGGCAUGGAGGAGCUCCUCGACGAUGCGGACGACACUACCGACAGCGAAGAGGAGGAAGAGGGUGAGGAGGACCGUAUCGCUGCGGCGAGGAAGGAGCUCGCCGCUGGCUUUAUGCCCAAGACUCGGGUACUGAUACUUACUUCGCGUGGUGUCACACAUCGCCACCGUCAUCUCAUGGCAGAUCUUUGCGCUCUUCUCCCCCACACUCACAAAGAGACCAAACUCGACACUAAGAAGAAUGCUGGCUACAACCUCCUACUGAACUCUCUCGCCGAUCUCCACUCGUGCAACAUGAUCUUCUUCCUUGAGGCUCGCAAGAACGGUCAAGAUCUCUACCUCUGGCUUUCGCGCCCGCCAAACGGCCCCACAAUUAAGUUUCACUUGAACAAUCUGCACACGAUGGCCGAACUCGGUGCCGGAUUUGCAGGCAACUGCCUGAAGGGUGGACGCGGUGUCGUGGUUUUUGAUCGCUCGUUUGACGAGCAAGGCCCGGAUAUGAGUGUCGCCGGCACUGAGUACCGCGGUCUGGUCCGUGAGAUGCUGCGCGGUAUCUUUUGUGUUCCCAAGCGUGGUGUCAAGGGCAUGAAGCCUUUUGUCGACCGAAUUAUCGGCGUUUUCGGUGUGGACGGCAAGAUCUGGAUUCGGGUCUACGAGAUCCGUGAGUCCGAGAGUGGUACCAAGAAGAAGGAUGGAAAGGAGACCGCUACACCUGCCCCAAUGGGCCCGGACGGACUGCCCGAGGUGUCUCUGGUCGAAAUUGGCCCUCGCUUCGUGUUGACUCCUAUCGUCAUUCUGGAAGGCAGCUUCGGCGGCCCCGUCAUCUACGAGAACAAGGAAUACGUCAGCCCCAACCAGGUCCGUAGCGAGCUCCGGAUGGGCAAGGCUGGCCGAUACGCCCAGCGCCGGGAAGUGCAAACGGAUCGUAUGGCUAAGCGGACGGAUCUGGGUCUCUCGGAUAACUCUUCGCGGAGACCUGAUGCGAUGGAGACGAGAAAGUUGUUCGCAUAA